AUUAUUUCUGCCUUUGACCGUCUUCAAUUAGCCUUUCACGCACAUCGAAACUUGUAUUUAAAUUUAAUCACAUCUUCUUUGAUCGGAGACUACCGUGCACGGCACGGCACAGCACCGACUGUUCUGUUCCCGACAACCUUCUUUGGGAUGAACUUGACAGUGAACAAAACCAAGAGAAGCCAUUCACAACAAUGGCUUCCUACAGCGGCACUACUAUAAAAUACUCGGUUGGAGAAUAGAUUGACCUGAACUAUUCCGGCAUCAACACCAGAGCCAUACUACUACAGAAACCUCAAUACCAAUACGCAAUCGACCAACCGUAUCAUGUGUUGCAACGCCACCACCAUUCCCGCUACCAUCAACGUCUCCGUUACUAACGGUGGUGUUGAUUCUUCCCUGGCGAUGGCUCACUCAACUCCUGAUACUGUUAGCAAGGCGACUCAUAUGGAUGGCGUCACGUCCCACGCCAACCCCGUUUGCCAAUGCUCUUGCGGGUGCCGUCAGAUUGUUCGGCGGUCGGAUUGUGUCUUUUGCAACUUUUGCAUCGAAAACCAUCUUGCUGUGUAGAUGUUGAGACGGCGUGGACUGUUCUCUUUGGUUGCGGAAAAUAGAAUUUGGCGGCGCUGGGGGUUGAUUUUGAUAGAAUUAAAU